AAAUGGUAAAUCAAUUACAACUUGUGCUGAUUACCUGCAUUCUUUGAACACUUUCUGGUAUCUGCGCAGAUGGAAUGGAACAUUGGCCUGCGGAUGAACGACAUAAAUCAUUGCCUGUGAAGAAGAAGCAGGGAAGGGGAAACAAAAAGCCCCAAGUUCACGACACUCGACAUUGGAAUCAUCCUUCUCUCGAUUACGGAACCUUUGGCGGAGCGACCCUCGUGUCAUCCGACGGACGGCUAGCUUGGACGACCGUUGUUGAUACAUCGAAUGCUCGAAGAGUGACACCAGUUGGGGCAGGGCGUUGUAUUUUUCCUGCCACUCGAUCUGUGAAUCCAACGCCAAGUCGUCUUAGGCAGUGGAGACGAAUCGAAGAAGGGCUCAACUUCGUUAGAACAUGUUUCCCGGACGCCGAUUUCCCUGCGGAGCUCAUCAAGGCGGAAUUCCAGUCCGAUGAACGACGAAACCGAGAGUUGCAAAUCUACGAUCCUUUGAGAGGCAGUCUCAUUAGUAUUGUACCGUCUUCCAGCACCCCUCAAACAUCACUGGUCCUCUUUCCGAUGGGAGAAACCAAUAAUGAAUUGAAUAUUUCAUUUAUAUCCGCCAUUGAUUCCGACUCGACUUUUCACGCGCCUGGACAUGCCGCGUCCAAGUUUGAGACACCCAUUCUCCAGAUCUCGACCCCAAAUAUAUCAAAUUCAUCUCUGAAGCGUGGUACCAAUCUUGUUUUAGUCAGAACAUUCUCCGCAACAUCUCUGUUGAGCAUUGAGUUGGCAGAUGAAACCACCGAUCUGAAGGCCACUAGGGAGGUAGACAUAUUUUCUGAUGACGUGGGAGGCAAAUGCGUAGUAGAUGCUGCAUUUUCACCCCAUGACUCGGAUAUCAUUGCUGUGAACACCUCUGGAGCACUUUACAACUGCAAAAUAUAUGAAGGAGCAAAAGCUGUGCGGCGCAUAGGGCUUAACCAAGUUCGUUUUGAGAACACAGAUGGGGAUCAAUUUUGGAGACUUCGUCCGUCUGACCAAGGCUACUUCUUAGCAUCAAGUAGCUGCAUUCAACAUCUCGAUUUCAGGUCGAGCCAGCCUAGUGUCGACCUAUUUUCUACUGAUCAGUUGGGCUCUGUUGUAACAUCUUUUGACUCGGCAGAGCGAGAACAUCUCCUCACCAUUUCGACGACCUCGGAGCUCCUAUGGUUGGAUAAUCGGUACCCGAAAAAAGUGCUUCUGAGCUUUAAGCACAACCGAGCGCAUGAUAGAUCGCUCAAUGUCAAAACCGUGCAGUUAGACAGCGGCCCUCUGACUUUCCUAAGUUCGCUUAAAAACGGGCUCAUCACCAUUUAUGAUGUGUCUCGAGGAAAUGACAAUCUGAUUCACUGUCAUUCCGUUCCAACAUCUUUACCUCACGACGGAGAUAUGGGUGCGUCUGAGUCGGAAAGUUCAUUCUUUGUCCAGCCCGAUAGGUCCACCCUUUCCCUCUUGCGGCUCUCUGGACAAAACAGUCUCCACUGCCAGGACUUUGCUGUAUAUCACAAUGGCAUGGACGUACUUCCAAGACAGGCUAGUGGCACUAGCCAUGAAUGGUCUGCUGAUGUGCAGAAACUAGCUCAAAGAGCAAAGGAGCUUCAGCCUCAGUACGGGCCACUGAGCGCAAGGCAUUUCUCAGAGUUAAACCUGCGGACUGCGUAUAAGAAAAUUUUCGUUACGGGGGGUGUUAAAGAGCAAGCUGCCUCUGAGGGUGAAUUUACCGUGAUGAUAGACAAGCUUUCUCAGUUUUGGCAAAGGACAAGUAAUUCUGACAAGACAAUGUUGACCUUGUAUGAUGUCUGCCUUAGCGCUGACAAAGAGCCAGACGAGGACUCGCGAUCGGACUUUCUCGCUGGUGGGAUGAUUAACUCGAAUCGUGGGUACAAAACGCUUGUACACAACGAGCUACCGGUCCAGGAAAUCACGAGUGGUGCAGCAUGGUCCUGCGAUUUUAAGCUAUUUCUCCGCCGUAUGGGGCUUGGUCGCGUGGACCACUGGCAGGAGAUGCAUGGUGCUCUGGAAGCUUUCAAUUUGUCUUACUCGGAUGAUGUCCCUGGGUCAUUCGUGCAACAAGAGGAGAAUUCACGAGAACAGCUUAUCCUCGAUUUGGCCCUUUCUAGCAUGGUAUUUUCAGCUCAGCCUCUUUCUAUACCCGUUGCUCCGAUCCAGGUCGACGAUGUGGAGAGCAUGUCUCUUGCUGCAAAAGCUCUGACACUUGACGACGAACUUCCCGAGAUUCAGUUUGGCCACCUGCGUCCAUAUCCAAAGCUUGGCAUAAACCAUUACCCUGAUACUUCCAGGGACAAAGAUGCUGUUGCAGAACCUACACAGGAUGUGGAAUUUUCCAGUCCGCUGGGUGUGCGAUUGUUGUUGAGGGAGUGGGAGGUCGGAACGGACGUUGAGUCUUACACAUAUCAUGAUCCGUACAACACAAAAGGCGACGAUACUAUCGCACCCUCCCGAGAAUGGGCACUCCCCACUGCACCAGUCGCUACGCAAACGACAACUACAUCAUCACAGCGCCCUCCGCUGAUUGUUGCAGGUUUCGAGCCUCGUCCACCUCCCAUUCAUGUUGCCCAGAAUCACUGGGGAGUGUUUAGCACCCAGCCUCGAGGCUUUAAUCUACAAACCGCAGAGCAUGAGAAUCAUCCUGAACCUUCUCAACCUUCCCAAGAGUUGAUGACAAGUACCCAAGUGUUACCUGGACUGUACGGCGGUCGAAAUGUUCCGAAUAAGAAGCUUGUGAAGAAGAGGCUGGGUGGUUUCUGAUAAAUAUGUGCCAGUAGUACACAGCCUCGAGAUUGGCGUAAUUUUUAUUGGUUUUCCGGACCAUCGUGUUAUGUAUAGACGCGUGAAAUUUUAAAUAUAGGCACAGUGUCUCGUCA